AGGAGAGGAGACUGACACACAGCAGGACAAGCUGGACACACAGGCAAUUCCCACUGUCGGGAUCGGCAAACAACAACUGUAAACAAAGACAAACAACCGAGCAAGCAAACAAACAAACAAAAAAAACCCUCAACUAAUUAGUGGAGCUCGAUCUGCUGGAAUAUUAAUUGGGAAAAACUUUGUCUGUCAGCACGCCAGAGAUCCACAGUCAAGGGUUUAACAAGGAGCCAGGACACACAGCCUCCAGGCCCAGAGCAAGGCGAGAGUGUGAGGGUGUAUGCCUGUUUGUGCACAUGUGUGAAUGUAAGUGUGGAUGUGUGGAUGUGCACAUAUGUCUGCAUGUGAGUGCCUGUGUGAGUGCCAGUGAAUAUUUCUCUGUGUUCUUAAGACCGUUGCGUGACUUUUGACUGAGUGAGUGAGUGUGUGUGGUGUGUGCAUGUGUGAGGAUGAGGGCCGUCGUCGGACUGCUGUGUCUCCUGAUUGCCGUGGAGGUCGGAGCCUCUCGGUUCAGCCGUGACUCCCAGAGUGGACCUGGAGCUCCAGAGCCUCCCAAAACCAACGUUUCCCGUGCACUUCCUGCCCCUGGACCGGGCCGACCACGAAGCCCUUUCCCCCCCAUGUGCAUAAAACCCACGGAGAUCAAGCAUGCCUUCAAGUACGUCAACACUGUGGUCUCCUGCGUGAUCUUUGUGGUGGGGAUUAUCGGAAACUCAACGUUGCUGAGGAUCAUAUACAAGAACAAAUGCAUGAGGAAUGGACCAAAUGUGCUUAUAGGCAGUCUGGCACUUGGAGACCUGCUUUAUAUCCUCAUCGCCAUCCCUAUCAAUGUGUUCAAGCUCAUAGCCGAGGACUGGCCGUUCGGCGUGUACGUCUGCAAGUUGAUGCCAUUUAUUCAGAAAGCUUCAGUGGGCAUCACUGUCCUCAGCCUGUGUGCCCUCAGUAUUGAUCGCUACCAUGCAGUCACAUCAUGGAGCAGGGUCAAAGGAAUGGGGAUCCCGCUGUGGAAAGCAGUGGAGGUGACUCUCAUCUGGCUGGUUGCUGUGGUGCUGGCUGUGCCCGAGGCGCUGGCGUUUGACAUGAUGGAGAUGCCAUACAGAGGCAACAAGCUGCGCGUCUGUCUGCUGCAUCCGGAGCAGAGCACCAGCUUUAUGAAGUUCUACCAGGAUAUAAAGGACUGGUGGCUGUUUGGUUUCUACUUCUGCCUGCCGCUGGCCUGUACCGGAAUCUUCUACACACUCAUGUCCUGUGAGAUGCUCAGCCGCAAGAAGGGCAUGCGUGUCGCACUGAACGACCACAUGAAACAGCGGAGGGAAGUGGCUAAGACGGUCUUCUGCCUGGUGCUGAUUUUUGCCCUGUGCUGGCUGCCUCUUCAUCUGAGCCGCAUCCUGAAGAAAACAGUCUAUGACCAGAAUGACCCGAACCGCUGCGAGCUGCUCAGCUUCCUGUUAGUGAUGGAUUACAUUGGCAUCAACAUGGCCUCCCUAAACUCCUGCAUUAACCCGAUCGCCCUCUACUUUGUCAGCCAGAAGUUUAAAAACUGCUUCCAGUCCUGCCUGUGCUGCUGGUGCUACAGAACAGCCCCUCUAGACGAGCGAGGGAUGCGCUGGAAGGGCUCCUGCCACGGAAAUGGACUAGACCGCUCCAGCUCCCACUCCAGCCAGAAAUACAGCUCCUCAUAAAUAAGCACAUACUGUACACAUGCGCUCACACACACGCAUCUCACACACAUACACACCUCUUCUGCCAAAACCCUUAUUAUCCUUGAGAAACAGCACUGUCACUGCCGCAGACUGGCAAGCAGAGUGAGGCGAGGGAACGAUGGAGAGGAAGAACUCACGCAACCCUGUGAGAGACCUCAGCAGAACGUAUCUCAGAAGAGACUGAAAGACUCUCCAAACACAUGGGUCGGCCCAAUCCGAUGAGUGAAACAGCGGGACGGUACCCAUCCAGGCUGUAAUACCACCUACAAUCGCAAAACUAUGAUGAAGCCAAAACUAGAUUUAGCUUUGAACAAAGUCCCCAACUCAAACAUGAAUACUUGAGCAGAGGGACAGUCAUGUUAGUCAGUGGACCGGUAUGGUAAACUAUAGAGAAUAUUUUAUUUUAUUCAAGCUACAGGUGAAAACAUGUAAAUUUCUGUACAGUAUUGUUUACAUGCAGAUUAUAGGCCAAGCGUGAACCACUAAUGCUACAUAUAAUGGGGCUUAGUGCUUCAUGUGUGAAUAAUUGCAUUCAUAACAUGCUGUGAUUGUACCUGUUGAUGCUUUUAUUUCUGGUGGGGAAAGAUGGAGGGAAAAUGUGACCGUGGCUUAUUUGCCAAAAGGCGUCAUGGAUGUUAUUUCCUAAAGAGCCUCAAGGGUAGCUAUACAUACAGCAUGCGCAUUAUCAAUAACUGAUUAUCUGACAAUCUACUGCACGUUGCCACUGAGCUCCAUAAUGCCUGUGUGUUGACAUUAUUCCAGAGUAAAAUGGGCCCUACUGUAUGUCUCGCAGUCAUGUGGCAGAGUUGAAAAUCAAAAAUCUGUCUUCUGGAAGUCAUGGCUGCUCUAAGUCAUGUGGAGGGCAGCUGUUGUCCAAGAGCGCUGACAAACACCAGAUGAUUCUCAUCAUGCCACAUAAAAUUGGCCUUGUUUUUCUAAUAUUCUUGCUGUUUUGAGUCGUUUCUAUUCCCACUGUGUAUGAAGUGAGCUGCCUUUUACAAUGUAACAUCUAUUUUUGUAAGACUGUCUUAUUACAAAACAUUUAAAAUCCACAUAAAUCUUAUUUAAUCAUC